AAUGUCAAAAUUUUGUAAAAACUUCAGUCUGGACUAUGUGUUUUCCACUCUUUCGCGCUAAAUGGUGAAAAUUCUCGCUUUUCUCAGGAAAUCCAGUAAAUUUCUCGUGGAAAAUGCACCAAUGAUGAAAUACCUCAACGUGGCUGAGAAAAAUGAUGCAGCAAAGACGAUAGCAGGGUAUCUUUCGAGGGGAUCAUCCCGAAGGCGAGAAGGGCUGUCUGUGUACAAUAAAAUAUACGAGUUUGAUGCUGUGAUCAAUGGGAGAAAUAUCCAAAUGGUGAUGACUUCGGUUUCGGGUCAUUUAAUGACGUAUGACUUUACUGGAGCUUACCGGAAUUGGCGGAGUUGCAAUCCGGCACAAUUGUUUGAUGCUCCAGUUACGAAAUUCUGUCCGGAAGUUAGUGUUAAGAUCCGUCAGACGCUGGAGAGAGAGGUGAGGGGAUGUGCAGCACUGGUGAUCUGGACAGAUUGCGAUCGAGAGGGUGAGAAUAUUGGAUUUGAAAUUGUUGAAGUUUGCCGGAGUGUCAAGCCCAAUCUUACGAUUUAUCGGGCAAAGUUCUCAGAGAUCACAGCUGCGUCUGUGAGGAGAGCUCUGGAGAAUCUCGUGUUGCCGGAUGAGCGACAGAGUCAGGCGGUAGAUGUUCGGAGUGAGCUGGAUCUGAGAAUUGGGGCAGCUUUCACGAGAUUCCAGACAAUGAGGCUGCAGGCGAUCUUUCCGGCCAUUGUCGACAGUCUCGUGUCUUACGGAAGCUGCCAGAUUCCCACACUGGGAUUCGUUGUGCAGCGCUACAAGGAAGCUGAGAAUUUUGUGCCCCAGAAAUUCUGGAAGCUAAAGCUGACGCAUACAGUCAAUGAGCUCACGGUGGAGUUCAAUUGGGCACGGAAUCGAUUGUUUGACAAGAAGUGCUGUGAAGCUAUUUUCCUUCUGGUCAAGAGGGAUCCACCUCUCCUGGCCACUGUGCUGUCAGUCACGCAAAAGCCCAAAAGCAAGUGGCGUCCGCAGCCGAUGGAUACCAUUGAACUGGAAAAACUCGGAUCACGCAAGCUCAAAAUUUCCGCCAAACAGACCAUGCAGAUUGCAGAGAAACUCUAUCAACAGGGUUUCAUCAGUUACCCUCGCACGGAGACCAAUAUGUUCUCCAAGGAGAUCAAUCUGAGGUCCCUUGUCGAAAAUCAAACUUCCCACCAGGAUUGGGGACUAUUCGCCCAAAAAGUGCUCGAAUGGGGUCCAAAUCCACGCAAUGGCAAGAAAUCCGAUCAAGCCCAUCCUCCAAUUCAUCCCACAAAAUUCACAUCUUCCCUCAGCGGCAACGAACAGAGAGUCUACGAGCUCAUUGUCCGGCACUUCCUGGCCUGCGUCAGUCGAGAUGCCACAGGAUCGGAAACUCUGGUAUCAGUGGAAAUUGGCGGAGAGGAAUUCAAUGCUUCCGGAUUGGUGAUUCUCGAGAGAAAUUAUCUGGAAGUGUACAUCUACGAUCGUUGGACAGCCCGAGAGAUACACAAAUACGAAAUGGGCACAAGUUUUGAGCCGACGUCAAUUGAGAUGCCCGAGGGCAGUACAACGGCUCCUCAGAUGCUGACGGAAGCUGAUUUAAUUGCCCUGAUGGAGAAGCACUCAAUCGGAACGGACGCCACUCAUGCGGAGCACAUCAACACAAUCAAGGAGAGAGGAUACAUCGGAGAGGUAGAGAAUGGGUAUCUGGUACCAGGGACACUGGGAAUGGGCCUUGUGGAGGGAUAUGAUGCAAUGAGCCUAACCCUGGCACAGCCGCAGCUGAGAGCAGGACUCGAAGCUGAUCUCAAAGCAAUUUGUGAUGGAGCCAGGCAGCCUCAAAUUGUUUUGCAGGAACAAAUUGAGAAAUAUCGCGAAGCGUUUCGGAUAAUCACGGAAAGAGCACAAAUGUUGGAUGAAAAAAUCGGUUUUCGCUUCAAUUCAGUUCCGGAGCAAAAUGCUGAGCCACCAAGUAGUCAGAUGAUUGAGGAAGUCUUCCGGUGUCCACGAUGUCGUUCUAACAAAAUGGUCCUAAAGCGAAAGGCGUCUAAUAAUGAUGUCUACCUUAUGUGUAUGGAUUAUCCCAACUGUAAGUCUGUUAUGUGGUUGAAUGAUUUUGUGAAGGAAGCUACGGUAUCGUCGGAGUCUUGCCGGCAAUGUGGGCCAGACACCAAGAAGCUCAGCAUAAAGUUUAAGCAGAGAAAUGCACUGAUAUAUUUAGGAGUGGAUACUCCUGAAUACACAAGUUGUCUUCUCUGUGAUUCCAAUCUGAGAAGUCUUCUGGGCAUUAAUUUGGAGGAUCUGAGUCGUGGAGGUGGGUCUGGUGAUGGAAAUUCUUCUGUUAGGAGUCGCGAUGUCCCAUCUAGUGGAUACAGUAGCGAUAGAAGUAGUACAGUUUCUUCUCGGAGCAACAAUGUCCCCUCGAGAAACAAUAGUGUGCCCUCGAGGGGCUAUGGAAGUCAGAGAGGAGGAAAUUCUUCGUCCAGAUCAACAACAAAUUGUCCGAAAUGUUCACAGCCACUGAAAAAGCUUACUGUCCGGAAGGAUGGUCCAAAUCACGGAAGAGAAUUUUUCUUGUGUCCAACGCCCGAUAAUCCAUGCAAGACAUUUAUUUGGGCUGAUGAAGUGCCUCAGAAUCCUGGUAACAGGGAUUCACCUCCACCUCCGGCUCCGAGGCCAUCAGGCAGUCGUGGAGGUGCUAGCACCACCGGACGACCUCGACAGAAAAGAAAAUGUGCCAUCUGCCGAAGAGAAGGACACACGAGAAACAAUUGUCCAGAUCAUCAACCGACAUUCAGCUGAAUAAAUGUUCACAGGUAAAGCAAGAUUCAAUUUAUUUUUUUUUGUCACCGGACCAAUUAAAGCAAAAAAAUAAAUUAAGCCUGAUAUUGCGCUUAAUCCCAAACUCGGUAAGAACCACAAGGCAUGAGGCAGUAAAGUGAGGAAUUCGGGGAAUCACUGAUGAUUUGCCAUUUCCUCAUGAACUCAUCAUCCCUGACGAGAGGAUUACGUUCGCAAAUCAUCACUCAUUUUUCAUUGGUUGAUGUUCAGAGAAAUUGGUGAGAGUGAGAGCAAGGGCGGUCCUUCUCGGCAAAAGGGAUGAUUUCCCCUACUCUCACGUUGCCUUCUAUCGUGUCCUUUAUUAUGUAUUUGAGAAUUCUUCUUAAAUGUUAACAAUGAAGUGAUUCAUUUGUAUAUAAAUACGAUUAUGGAUUAUAUUUUUUAUCAAUAAAUGUUCAACAUUUUUUUAAAGAAAGAAA